AUGGACCCUGCCAUCACCACCGCUCUACACGAGUUCAAAGACGAUAUCCCCUUUCGAGCAGUGAGAAAUCAUACCCAGUCGACCUGGGCCCGUACCUUCCACUCCUCCCCCGAGCUAUAUGUCCAGCCUCAGUCGAUCCAAGAAGUCGAGAAGCUGGUGCACCUCGCGCGACGAUGCCGGCGUCGCCUGACAACCGUCGGAUGCGGGCAUUCGCCCUCAGACAUGACAUGCACCUCGUCGUGGCUUGUUAACCUCGACAAUUUCAAUCGGAUUUUGAACGUCGACAAGGAGAGCUGUGUGGUCGUCAUGCAGAGCGGCAUACGCCUCUUCACCGUGGGCGAGGAGCUGGACAAGCUUGGCCUGGCUAUGCCCAACCUGGGCAGCAUCAACCAGCAGAGCAUAGCUGGUGCCAUUUCCACGGGGACGCAUGGAAGUACGCUUCGCCAUGGCAUCUUGUCUCAGUCGAUCCUCUCUCUGAAGAUCACUUUGGCGAAUGGCAAGACGGAAACCUGCUCGCCAUCCCAAAACCCGGAUCUCUUUCGGGCAGCUCUCAUCUCCCUGGGAGCCUUGGGCAUCAUCGUCGAGAUCACUUUCCAAGCCGUGCCGGCAUUUACACUGGCCUGGCAACAGGUUGUCGACUCGGACCGGAAGAUGUUAGAUUCGUGGGAGAAGGAACUCUGGACACAGACCGAAUUCGUACGAGUAUGGUGGUUCCCAUACACCCGCCGCGCUGUAGUGUGGACCGCCGAAAAGACAGAAUUGGCUCCGCAGCCGCCCCCAAAGAGCUACUACGGUGACUGGCUCGGAUACACCGUCUACCACAACCUCCUCUACUUUUCACAAUAUGUGCCGUCAGCUCUCCCAUGGAUCGAAUGGUUUGUUUUUGGUAUGCAGUACGGCUUCGCCGCCGGCUCGAAGACCUGCGCCAUCCAGAAAUCGCGGGAAGCUCUCCUCAUGAACUGCCUGUACAGCCAGUUCGUCAAUGAGUGGGCGAUUCCCUUAAGUAAGGGUCCCGAAGCCCUCCGUCGUCUCAGCUCAUGGCUGAACCACCUCACGCCCUCGGACCAAGACUACGUCCCCCAUGGGAUUCCUUACUCCGCAGACGGCCUAUACGUGCACGCCCCCGUUGAAGUUCGUGUAACCGAGACCUCGAACUCGACCACUCCCCGUCCACACCUCGACCCAACCUGCACCGAGGAAGCCACGCUCUACCUCAACGCUACUCUCUACCGUCCGAAAGAUGCAGACCCCCCGUGCCAGUUCAGAUAUUAUCAAGGCUUCGAGUUCCUGAUGCGAGAACUUGGCGGGAAGCCACAUUGGGCGAAGAACUUCGAGUGCACGAGCCACGAUAUCGAAGAGAUGUAUGGCGAGCGUUUGCAGGAGUGGAGGAAGAUCCGGGCUAAUGCGGAUCCUGAAGGUAUGUUUGUGGGCGAGUGGCAUCGACGAUUUAUCAUGGGCGAUGGGCCGAGGUUGGCAUUAGAGGAGUGUGAAGUUCGUAGAGAGAAGUUGGCGAAGGGGGGUGUGAUGGUCACGGGAAAGAUUUUUGACAUUGAGGAUAGUGAGAAGGAGUUGAGCGGGAACAGUAGCGAGGGGAGUUUUGACCAUUUGAGAGCGAGCGAUGUCACGAUUAUAGCGGAUUAG